GUCCAUUCAUUCCACCACCCAAUCCAUCCAUACCAACUAACUCGUAGAUUAUCAAACUGGCUUUUCUCUAACGUACUCUUUGGUACGUGAGAUGCUAGCUAGACCUAGUUAUCCUAUUACUUAAAUACCACUGAGCUUGAUGAGCUACUUACUCCGUUUGUGGGUCUUUUGGCUCUUCUGCUUUGACUCAUUUUUUCUUCUUCCUUUUUUUUUUCACUUUCUUUUUUUCUUCCCUUUUUCUCUUUCUCUCUCGUGAAUUAUUAUCACCCCUUAGUAAACUGUCGGUGGGUACGAGCAUCCUAUGACAAAUCAACACUCAAUGCUUCCAUCAGUUGGAAAAAUCUAAAUCAUGGAUCACAAGUCAUGGCUUUGGAGGAAAAAAUCUUCUGAGAAGACAAUUUUGGCAACUAAUAAAGUUGGUAAUCCAAUACGUGGAACUGAAGAGGUACAAAAGGAUCCAACAGAGAGAGGAGUUGGAUCUGAAACUGGUAAAACUCUAAAUGAGAAGUUAGCUUUAGUCAUACUAGAUUGUCAUGUUGAAGAUGAUCCUGUGAAAAAAGACGUAAAGAUAACUCAAGAAACCAUGGAAGGCCAAGAUCAGGCAGAACCUUUAAAGCAAGAGCUAGAUGAAGCUCUAAAGAAGGGAGUAGCUGCAAAUGAAAGAUUCUCAAAUUCAGGUGCUGCACUUAAAGAAUGCAAACAGCAAUUAGGCCUUGUCCAAGAGGACCUGGAACAAAAGAUACAUGAUGCUGUGAUCGUGGCAUCCAGAGAAUAUGAGAAGGCACAGAAUAAAUUAGAGGAGAAAUUAACAAAGGCAAGUAAACAGCUCACAGAUAUAGCUGUUGAGAAUUCUAACCUUACCAAGGCCCUUCUUGUGAAAGAAAAAGUUGUUGAGGAUUUAAACAGACACAAGUCUCAAUCUGACGCAGAGUUUAGUGCAUUAAUGACUAGACUAGAUUCUACUGAGAAGGAAAAUGCUUUUCUGAAAUAUGAGUACCACAUGCUUGAAAAAGAGCUACGGAUUCGUAAUGAGGAAAUGGAGUACUAUUGCCAGUCUGCUGAUGCAUUACAGGAGCAACAUUUAGAGUGUGUGAAGAAAAUCACAAUGUUAGAACAAGAAUGCCAAAGACUUCGUUUUCCUAUGCGAAAGCGUCUUCCUUGUCCUCCUAGUCUGUCUAGGAAUAUGAAGAGUGAAGUUCCAGUGAAUGGAAGAAACCAGACAGAGAUCAGAAGAAAAAAGCUCAGUCCUACAAAAGAUUUGAUUGUUAGAGAUUCCACCAUGGAAAAUUCCACUGAAAUUCUGAGCAAGGAUGUGAAUUUUGUAUGCGAGAGAUUAAGGUUUGUUGAAGAAGAAAAUGAAGCCCUCAAAAAGAUUUUAAACAUGAAGAGCCCUAAACACAAUUCUUCAAGAGCCAUACAUGCUCAAGCAGCUUCCAGAUCGCCUGGGGCUGACAACCAGCUUGUGGACCUUUCUAAAGGCCAGAAAUCCAUGGAGCUGUCGAGAUGUAGGCCUUUAGCAAAGAAACUUUUUAUGUCCUCAGAUUUUGACAUGACAAGUGAAAAUGGCUUCAGAUCUUCUGGAUCUUGGGCUAGUGCUCUAAUUUCUGAAUUGGAACACUUUAAAAAUGGGAAACUUGGAGAUCCACCAAACCGCAAAGCGUUUGAAGGCUCAGAUAUUAGCUUAAUGGAUGAUUUUGUUGAAAUGGAGAAAUUGGCAAUAGUUUCUGCUCACACACUCUCUGGAAAUAGCCAUCCAAAUUUAACUCAUGGGGAUAUGGUUCCAGUUGCAGAAGUUCUCUCCCAUUGUGGUGACAGGAAAAUGGAGCAGCACAAAGAUGAUGAAAAGUCCUUUGACUGGCUUCAGGUUGUUCUGCAUGCAAUGAUUGAUCAAAAGCAUGUUUCCAAAAGAAGUCUAGAAGAACUACUUGAGGAUAUUAAUUUUUCUGUUGGUUAUAUUAACCAGCCAAGAAACCAUCAACCUGAUAAACCAAAGUCGACUCCUACAGAAGCUGAUCUUUGGAAUUCACCAAAAAGAUCUCCAGUCCUAAAUUCUUUGACUGGAGCUCUAAGUGUCGACACCUCAGUUGAGGUAGGUGGCAACUGGCAUAUUCAACAUAAUCUGAGUAAAUCAAUCUGUAAAAUCAUUAAGCUGAUUCAAGACACCAAUCCAGGAUCCUUAGUUAGGAAUUUCUCUCCAGAUAAACCUUCAGCAACAUCAGCUGAUUACUUUAUUCGUGUUUUUCAAUGGAAAUGGUCAGAACUAAAUGCUAUGCUACAAAAGUUUAUCAACACCAGUGAUGAUCUGCUGAAUGGAAAAGCCUGUCUUGAAGAUUUUGCAGAGGAAGCGGCGUCUACUUUAGAAUGGAUUUUGAAUAACCACGUGACCCCUAAAGAGGCUGUAAGUGCAAGGGACAAAAUCAAGAAGCAUUUUGGUUGGGAUGAUACACAAGGUGGAAAUGAUGAGCAAGUGUGUCUACCAACUGGGGAAUUAGAUGUUGUUGGAUCUGAAAAGCAGUCAUUGGGUUGGCCCCUGGUUGCUUUUGGAGAAGGACAACAAGCUUUGAUCCAAGUGGAUAAGAUUCCAGGCACAUUACAAGAAGAAAACAAAAAGUUAAAAAAUGAGCUCAAGAAUAUUAUAUCUGUAAAAAAUGAGAUGGAAGCUAUGCUACAUUCAGCAACAGAAAAAAAUGAAGCCUUGAUGAAACAGCUCCAAGAAUCACAAGAAAUAGUGGGAAGCUUGCAAGCCGAACUGGAGACUGUGAAAGAAACAAAAGGGUCGAUUGAAGACGAGAUUGAAAAUGAGAAGUUGAUUAGUGAAGACCUUGAUACUCAACUCAGUGUUGCCAAAGCUAAACUGAAGGAAGUUUACCAAAAAGUCUCAUCUUUAGAGGUUGAAUUGGAGGACAAACGCAACUGUUGUGAAGAGUUAGAAGCAACAUGUCUUGAGCUUCAACUCCAGCUAGAAAGUGAUGCAACAAAAGAAACUACAGAUGUCAAAAACCAAGAGGAAAAGCAAUCUCAAAAUGGUUGGGAGAUCACAACAGCUUCAGCGAAGUUGGCAGAGUGCCAAGAAACAAUUGUCAACCUAGGAAAACAACUGAAAGCAUUGGCUUCACCGAGGGAAGCAGCACUCUUAGAUAAGGUAUUCUCCACCACCAGUUCAACAGCCAUAGCGAACAAAGAUAAGAGGUUAAGCAAGCGAUCCUCCCUACGUGAUCAAAUGCUUGCUGAGGAUGAUGUUAAAGCUGAGGUUGUCAGCUCUCAAAAUGUCAAAGAAACCUCAAGCAACGUGGAAGUCGAUGAAAAGCCAUCUCAAUCAGACAGCCAGAAUGCAACCGAUUCUCCUAGUGUCCCGGUGCAUACUCUAGUAGCAUGUCAUAGUUCAAGCUGCAAAACCAGUAACAAUUCGGCUGGGCCUUUCGCUAUUGUACCAAGCAAGAAGAAGGGAGGUUUUGAUUUGCUACUGAAGCUGCUGCGAAGGAGAAAGAAGAAGGGACAGAGUCACAAAUCUCGAUUUCCAGCCAAAGUUUGACUAUCAGAAAUAGAAAAAGAAAAAUUUAAGAUAGAAGAAUGUCAUAGCAAGACAAGUUGUAUUCUACAUUACCAUGGAGGCAAUGGGCAAAGGCAGCUCAUUGGAGUACUUUAUUGUUUGGUUGCUUGACCUUUCUCGAUGAUAAAAGGUUUGACCAUCGUUUCUUUUUAGAGAGUGAGAGAGUGUGUGCUAUGAUAUAUGUAAACAUGGGUGAUGUAUAUUAGUAUAUAUAUAUAUAUAUGUUGUUUAAAAAUAAAUUGAGUUGAGAAACAGAAAUGCGUAGCACAAGAUUAGU